UGGUGUGCAUCUGACACCUAAAACUGCACACACACACCACUUCCUGCUCACUGACACAAUAGUUAUGAUCAGGUGCCGAACCUUUUUUUUCUUUUUGUUUUGUUAACACUAGUCUAAAAAUAUUAACAUGUUAAUGUUGGUUCAUGCAUAAGGUUUAAGAUUGUAAAUAUUCAGAGCAAAUUUUUGUGUUGGUGAUACCUCCUCUACUGUAGUUUUGGGGUUUUAAGGACCUGGAGUGAGUCUUGAGUCACAAAAUCUGUGUACUUCAAAUUUCUGAAAAAGCUUACGAGAAAACAUGGGUUCAGGUUACUCAGCUCCGAAAGAAACCUUAGAAAAACCAUGGAGAAUUAUGGAUUGGAGUGAGUCAAAUAGAGAUACAAUGAACUGGAACCUGGCACACUCUAAGCCAAACUCAAAGGUAAAACGUCUCAGAAUUUUGCUGAUUGGACCAGUAGGCUCUGGGAAGUCGAGCUUUAUCAACUCUGUUAACACGACCCUUCAAUUCCGCCAAGUGUGCAAUGCUGCAGUAGAUGCACAGGGAGGAACCAGCUUUACUAUGAAGUACACAACGUACAAGGUGAAGAAAGGUGAAGAUGAUGACUUUUCAUUUGUGUUUAAUGACAUCAUGGGCCUGGAAGAAGAUUCAAAGACAUUGCAGACUAGUGAGAAGGGUAUGAAAGAAAAAGUAGCUUCAAAGGGAGUUCAAAUUAGUGACAUCAUCAGUGCCAUGCAAGGUCAUGUGCCAGAGGGCUAUACGUUUGAUCCAGAAAACGAGCUGACUUCGGAAUGCAAUGAAUAUGUAAAGAACCCAAGCCUAGAUGAAAAAGUUCACUGUCUGGUGCAUGUUCUACCAGGAGACAAAAUAACUAUAAUGUCAGACAAUAUUAUUGCUAAAAUGAGAACAGUUCGAGAAAAAGCACGAGACCUAGAAAUUCCUCAAGUUGUUGUCAUGUCUAUGGUGGAUAAAGCAUGUCCAAUGGUAUCGGGUGACCUGAAGAAGAUCGAAAAAAGCAGGAAGAUUAACGAGAAGAUCCUUGAGUGUCAUAAUAGACUGGGAGUUCCACUUAACUGCAUCUUUCCUGUACAGAACUACAGCAAAAAACUCGAGAACAACAAGGACAUGGAUACUCUGAUCCUUACCGCAAUGAAACAUAUUGUGAACUUGGCCAAUGACUAUGUGGAUAGGAUAUAACAUACCUAAGCAUAGCCAUGUGAAAGCAACUUAGUAUUUUGUGUUCCAAGUAUAAUGCUUAUUGUAAUGUAACUCUACUUUUUAAGUAGCUUAAGCCAUGAAAAAAGGCCUUUCGCUGGAUGCCGUCUUGUACAAAUUGUUGGUUAAGAUUUCAAGAGAAAAAUCCUUAAUGGAUGAAGGAUUUUUUAACAUUGUAUUGAUUUUUAAUUUUUUGACAUUUCUAUACACAUACAUGCAUUAAAUUUAAAACUUGUCUAAUGUUUAUUUAAAUUAUUGUCUUAAUUAAAAAAUUUAUUUAAAUAUAAAUUAUUGUCCUAAUUUAAUUUAAUUUGGUGUCUUACAUAAUCAGGUAACUACUUAAUUAUCAUUAACGUAGUAUAUGUAGGCCUAUGUUAAUUGUCAAGAAAAAGAUUGUACACUGUAAAAAGUGGGACUGGCUUAGUUAACAAUUGUUAAAUAAAAUAUAAGUGACAAGAACAUAAUAAAAUGUACUAACUGAAAUUUUAAUUACAUUUUUCUGGCCAUGUCACAACUAAAGAAAUGUUGUAAAUUUUACUCAUUUAGAGAGACUAGGUUGUACUGCCAUGCAAUUUCCGCCCAUUUUUUUUAUGUCCAGACAAGGUGCCACAUGCUGCAGGAUAUGCAUUUUUCUUAAGGUACGAUUUGUUUAGUUAGUAAUAAGUAUGUACAAAUAAUUUUGUAGCAGUUACAUUUUGUUUUACAGACAGUUGUGAAAUAUACAAAUUUUAUUGUGUGGUUAAAUUCAGUUAAGCUUUUUCCUCUCAGUCUGUUUUAAAGCAAAGAUGUCCUCAAAGUCUGCUCUGUUUUUAUUUGGCUAAAAGUCGGCUUAGCAUGGUAAUUAGUUCAGUGUGUGAAUUUUAUUACAAUGUGUGUUAUAUAGUAUAUAAUAUUCUUUAAAGAGGCAGCCGGGCUAGUCAGUGUUUCAGAGUUUCAGCGUUAGCUUCCCCUCCCCCACAGCAGCAGUUAACUGUUGCUCUAGAAGUGAGUCAUUAACUUAAUGAUUUACCUUUUGUGUUUUGAAUUGAGCUCUAUAUAAAAUAUUAAAUUAAAGGGGACAUGUGUAGUAACAGAAUAUUGUAUGUUUCUUUAUGAUAAAUAUGGCCCACCUUUGUAAUGGUCCUAUAAUCUGACCAUUUUGAUUCAUACAAAUUCACAUUUCAUACAAACUUAAAUAAUUUUUUUGACUGUGUAAAGCUGCUUUGCGGCAAUGAAAAUUGCUAAAAGCGCUAUACAAAUAAAAUUGAAUUGAAUUGAAUUGAAUUGAAUAAUGCUGUUUGCUAGUUUUAAUGGUAAAAUAAAAACUCUUGAUGUUUCAGAUGAAACAUUUGGCAGUAUAUUCUUUUUUGAUGCAUGCAGUUUUGAAGUACUUGCAUUUGAAGUAUGCAGUUACUGUCCAUUUUACCAGCUUCUGAUGCUGCAAAAAUGUUGGACAAUGUUUAUCGUGUCUGCAAAGA